UCGCCGUGGGUCUCUGGGCUUAAAGAGAAGUGACUCAGUGCUAGCAGACAAUUUAGGUUGUGCAGGGCCUACUGCUUCAGUUUGCUUUAUUGACCGUUUUGUGUUUCUGAAAAAAAAAAUCAAAUAAAAAAUUUAAAACACAUUUCUUCAUUUUUCCCCGCCAACUUUAUAUUUUUGUUUUAAGGGUGGAACUGGCUUUCAUUUUUUGUCCAUCUGCAGCUAAUUAGCUAGCUGCGCCAAGCGAUCUAGCUGGCUAGCUAGACACAGUUUGCAGAACCGCAAGGUUUAGCUACUUAGGUAUUUUCCUUGGGAGCUUUCUUCUUAUGUAAUUAUAACCUUCGCUGUAUUACGGCAAAAUGUCAAGACCUACGAGGAACAAGAAGGUGGUCGAUUACGCACAGUUCCAGGAAUCAGAUGAAGCAGAUGAGGAGUACGGGAGGGACGGACAGAAGCGGCGAGCCCCUCGUGAGGUUAAGCACAAGAAGCGGACGGGCAAGAACUCCCAGGAAGACAGUGAUAAUUCUGAAGACAAAUCUAAAUCCAAAGAUAAUGAUUCUGCAGAUGACUUUGGAAGCAACGAGGACAAUGACUUUGGCGAGGAGGAGGAUGACGAUGAGGAAGGAGGUGACAGCGACUACGACUCAAAAAAGGCCAAAAAGGGGAAGGGAGGCAGGAUGGAGAGAACAAGGAAGAGGAAACAAGUGUCAGAUGACAGCGAUGAGGAGCGGGUGGUGCGUAAGAAGGUGCGGCAGGUUCGGCAGGCAGCCACUAAAGCCGUGUCCAAGCAGAGGGAGAUCCUGCUGGGGGACCAGGGCAGCGAGGACGAGGACGGGGACCGAGAGCACCAGGCCCGCGUGGACGACGAGUCGGGCAGCGAUGAGGACUUCACGGUGGACGACGACGACGACAGCGACUACGGCCGGUCCAGGAGGAGGAGCAAGAAGGGCGUCAGGAGGAGCAGACAUGAGAAGAAGCAGCCCAAACCCCGACUAAAGGCCACAGUGAACCCCAGCUCUGCGAAGGGCAAGGGCAAAGGCCGAACCCCAGCGGCUUCGACCGUCCAGAAGUCCCCCCCCGCCAAGGACGAGGAGGAGGAGGAACCAGAGAGCCCCCCAGAAGAGGAAGAGGAGGCGAAGGAAGAGCACGAACAGAAGAAAGAUUCCCCUCCCCCAAAGAAGACCAAGGAGGAAGAGGAGGAUGUCUCAGAAGAUGAAGUGCCGUCUGGGGAAGACUAGCUGUCCUCCGGGGCCUGGAAGAUUCUAUUUUACCUGUUCCUUUCGUUUCAUUUGUUUUCCCCAUUAUUUUUACUUUGGAGCUUUAGAGCAGUUUCUUAAUUCAGGUUCUGCAGGCCCACGGUGAAUGUUGGUUUCAGUACCUGCUGUCGGUUCAGUACUGCUAGAUAUCAGGCAUCUCGUUCAUUGAUUUCUACCUGGCUUUAAGUCUUUGAGGAAGUGAAGUGUAGUUUGGAGGUGUGGUUCUGCAAACAGACAGGUGAAAGGUCAGCGUGUUUGUUGAUUUCGCACUGCGUUCAUCACGGGUGCAGAUUUGCCGUUCACUUAAAUCUCUUCAGGUCUAGAACUAUUAAUUAAGCUUCUAAUUGUGAUGAAUUAAUCAGUCCAGGAAGCCACCCUAAAUUUAAGCAAAGAUUAAUAAAGAUAACUUGAGCAUAAAUCCUUACUUUUAACAAUUAUCAACAUGCCUCCAGCCACACAUUGUUUCACAGAAGAUAUAUAUAUAUAGUGCCCACCUGAAGAGAUUUCAAAUGCAUACAUAAUCAAUGAAGCUGUAAAUGAAUGCUAAUGAGCUUAAUCUAUUCCAGCACCAGGGCAAGCCGCUGGUGAGGAAACGCUGCUUUGGGGGAUUGCAAUUCACAUGUCAGCCUGGCUCAACGGUUUGCUCAUUUCUGUUUUUGAACUGUAAAUACCCAUAUCAUAAGUGUGUGUGUGUGUGUGUGUGUGUGUGUGUGUGUGUGUGUGUGUGUGUGUGCGCGCGCAAGCGGGAGAGAGUGAUGCAGUUAAUAUUCAAAAGUUAUCACUUAAAUAAAAAAAUAAGUAAGUGACAGAAAUAUGCAGUCCCCGUUUUACGCAUGAACAAACCCUGCUGAGUCUGUGUGGAACCAGCAGGUGGUCACAGGAGAUUGCUCCAGCAUUAGUUGUGCUUUUUGUGUUUGCCCACCCCCCCCCCCCUUCAGAAUUGCAAAUUGAAUUUAAGUUGUAUUUCUAUCUGCAUGGAAUCAUUGGUAGUGUGUGUGCGUUUGUGUGUAUGUGUGUGUAUACUCGCACGUGAGUGAGUGUGUGUGUGUGUUUUUAUGGGGGUGGAAUAUUAAAAAACAUGUAUUUCUCCCUCUCAAUCAGUGGUAUGUUCUCCCAACAUCCACCACAGGCCUCAGAUUGCGUCCUGACUGCAGUGUGGUGGCGCUGCUCUCCUCUUUGUGUUUCUGUCCAUCGUGUGACUCUCCUGAUCUGCCCUUCAUCUCUGCUCGUGCCCUUCAGCAGCGCGUGCAGUCGCGCAGUAUUAGUGUGAGGGAGCGUGAGACUGACGGGCCACUGGGAGCCACUAAAUUCGUCUCGCUCGGUCCGUGCGGACCGUCCAGGACCUUUUUCUUUUUUUCACCGAAGAGCAAGAGCAAGAGCAAGGCGCGGUCAUGAGCUUGAGCUGAAAUUAACUGCGGAGCGACUGAAUGAAUGGAUGAGAGAAUGGGUGAGAGGGACUUUGUUUAGGCAUUUUAAAACGUGUGCAUUCUCAGAAUUUUAAGUGUGUUCUAAAAUCUUUAAAAAAAAAAUCUGCAUUCUGGAAUAUUUGACGCGUGCAGUCUCUGGAGUCUUACAUGUGUAUUUAAUGGUGUUCCCGCUUAUUAACGUAUCCUGAUUAUGUGACUGAAAUGAGAUUGCAGAAAGGGCCCGUCCUGUUUUCUAAAUGCCCAGACACCGCGGUACUUGCACAUGUUAAAAGUGCUGUACGGUUUGAACUUACAAUAAACGUGUGCCCAAGCGCAAACGUGCACCCACAGAC